AUGGCGGCGGGGGAUUUGGGGAAAUCCCCCCCAGAUUUGGGGAUCCCCCCGAGGGUCCGCCCAACACACCCCAGGUGCCCCCAGCGCUGCUCCCCCCCGUCAGGCCCUGAGCCCCCCACCAGUCCCCCCUGGGUUAUCCCCGUUGUUUUGAGCCCCUUUUUGCUCCCCAUCCCUCAAACUGCUGACAUGGAGCUCACGUCCUCCCUGAUGGAAAAAAUCUCCGUGUUGGAACAUGAAAUAGAGAAACAAGCACAAGAAAUCCAGCUGAAGGACGAGAGGAUUGCUGAACUCGAGGAGAAGAUCAAGACUCUUCAGAAAGGAGAAGAUGCUGCUGAUUCUGCUACAGAAGAGCUGGAAAUGAGGUGCCUUCAGCUGCAGAACCAGGUCUGGGAGAUGGAGCGGUUCCUGAAUGACUAUGGUCUGGUUUGGGUUGGAGAGACGUGGGACCAGCUGGAAGAUCCAGAAUCACUCCAGGAUGAAGAGGAGCUGCCAGCAAGGAACAUCUGGAAUCCAGGUGAAGCCAUUGUUUGCCAGCGCCAGAUCGAUUUUGAUUUAAUYUUGGAGAACAUUAAGGAUUUGAACUUGCUGGUCGGAGAAGGCAUUUCUGAGAUCGAGCACACGCCCCAGGGGGCUCGGCUGAGGAGGCCAGAGCCCCUCCCUCUCACCCUGUACCAAAAUGGGAUCAUCGUGGGCAACGGAGCCUUCCGGCCCUACCAGCACCCAGCCACGCAGCAAUGUCUGCAGGACAUCAUGGAUGGUUAUUUCCCCUCAGAGCUGCAGCCACGCUACCCCGAUGGUGUCCCCUUGCAGGUCACUGACAGGAGGGAUGUGGUGUUUCAGAAGCGAGAUUUUCCAAGGAGCUUUCCUGGUCUUGGGCAGAUGGUUGGAACUUCAGAAUCCAGCAAAGUGCAGGAAACCUCUGAGAUCACAGGUCCCAAARCCUCCCUGGAGCARUCUGCCACACUUUCCAAGGCCCUGSAGCACAGAGGGAGAGKGGUCAGUGCCCGAGGUGUGGCUGGAGCAGCACCACAGGGCUCUGAUGGGCAGAGCAGUGAAGAAAUCCUGGUGGAAACAUCCAGGCUGGCUGCCCUGGAGAGGCACAGGGUGAAGCCAACAGAGGAGGCUGAAGCUGCUGGCCCUGAGUUCUGCACUCUGCGCAUCAAAUCCGAGAGUGGUGAGCAAACCUAYGAGGUGAAGAUGCUGCUGACAGACACCAUCGGGGACCUGCGCCGCCACCUCGCCCACAUCAGGGGUGGAAACUCGGGCUCGUUUGAGAUCAUCAGCACCUUUCCCCAGAGGGUUUACACCGAUGACUCCAGGAGCCUGCAGGAAUGUGGGCUGGUCCCCARCGCCUCCCUGCUGCUGCGGAGAAGGGACCCCUCCCCACAGGAGGGGAUGGAGCUGCAAACACUCGGAGAGCUCUGAGCAGGAAGGAGCUGCCUCUCACCGUUACCCAACCUGCCCUGGCUGGAAAAGGGAGAGUUUCCUUUCCAGAUUUGGUUUCACUGUGCCAUUACCAGGGAUGCAGAAGAGCUGGGAGCAGCCAUUUGGUGACUCCUUUGGCAGAGGGGGCCAGGCCCAGCCCUGCUCCUCACAGUGGGUGCUGGUCCCCAAGACAGGAGGGCUCCCACCACAGGGACACCUCCAUCUGCUCCWGGCCUGGCUCCUCAUCUCUGCAGAGGUUCCACAGGCUGACCCCAGCUCAGGGGAGCCUGCCAGCUUCACUUGGCACCUGAGCUGGGCUCAGGGACUCUGGAGCAGCGCGAUGGACACAGCCACGGACAGUUUGCCUUCCACACAAAGCUGCUCCCUACAGAUUUCACCUGCACAAACAGGCUCUGUGCUCUCUGCUGAAGCUCAACCUGAAGGCCUUGAGCCGUUGCAGUGCUGGGGCUGAGCCAGMCUCGACUCAGGCGGGUGAUCCUGCUCCUGGGUUUCCUGUACGUGCACGGCUCCUUCCCUUGGACAGCCCCCAGCUCCGGCCUGCCGGGCGGUGCCCGCCCUCCUCCCUCCCGCUGGAUGCUGCAACAGGACACCGUGUCAUUGGAGAAGAGCAUAAUCCCUCGGCGGCUCUGCCGAGCCCUGAAUAAAGCAUCUUCCUCCCUCUCCCGUGGGCUGGGGCUGCACUCUUCCCUUUCCCUCUCCCUUUCCCCAGCACAUUCCUCCCAUUCCAGCUGUGACAAGCUCUCACUUGACUCCCCGCUGACAACACUCCCACUCAUGCGAGGCACUGCCUUCUGGCAGAUUCCCUCUUUGCACAGACCCAGCCCUCAGUCGAGGCUCCCAAUAAAACCCUUUAUUUCAGCUGCAAUUCCCACUUCCUUUAGAUUUCAAAGGCACAGUUGCUGUGGAAGCUUAGGGUGCCCAGAGCUGCACAAGUCAAACACAGGAAGGAGAGCAGCUGCUUCCACAGCUCCCCGUGAGCAGUGACUCAACCCACACAGCCCUCCCUUUGCUUCCUCCUUUCUCCACCUGUAGCAGACUCAGGAGCAGCUGUUUCCCCUGCCCCUCUGGAUCCCAAUCUUUGUGUUAGGGSUUUGUUUUUCUCUCCCAUGUCUGGCUGAGGCUGUCCCUGCCCCAGGCUGCCCCUGUCACCACRCAGAGGAGAGGAAUGCUCUGGUACCUGUCACUGCUGYGCUGUAGGACAUUCAGACACAGCCUUUGAUUAGCAGCAGCAAUCUAAGGUGUUAAAAUCUUUGUGUCAGGCUGCAGCAGCACGUACAACCCACUUAGCUUCUCUCAGCUG